UCCAUAGUGGCAGUCGGAAAGUUGGGUGGGGAGGGCCUUUUUGUCAAUAAAAUCUCUACUCUAUUUUUUCUCAAAAAGAAAUUUUCUUCAAUGUAAAUAAUUGAAUAAACAUCGUUCCUCGAGGAAUUGGAAGGGCAUUUUGAUACAGUCUCAAGAUGUCGACAUCUGCAAUAUAUAUUUUAGAUGUGAAGGGCAAGGUAUUGAUCUCACGAAACUAUCGUGGAGACAUAGAAACCGGGGUGAUAGAAAAAUUCAUGCCUCUUGUAAUGGAACGCGAGGAAGAGGGCAAUCUAACUCCGAUAAUCCAAACUCUUGAAUGUACAUACGCGUACAUAAAAUAUAAUAAUCUUUAUAUCGUUUCCACUACGAAAAAGAAUGCAAACAUUUCAUUAGUAUUUGUAUUCUUGCACAAAUUGGUUCAAGUUAUGCAAGAAUAUUUUAAAGAACUAGAAGAGGAGAGUAUAAGAGACAAUUUUGUUGUUAUUUACGAGCUCUUGGAUGAAUUAAUAGAUUUUGGUUAUCCGCAAACUACGGAUAGCAAGAUUUUACAAGAGUAUAUCACCCAAGAGGGGCAUAAACUUGAAAUACAACCGCGCAUUCCUAUGGCUGUGACUAAUGCUGUAUCUUGGAGGUCUGAAGGUAUUAAGUAUCGUAAGAAUGAGGUUUUCCUUGAUGUAAUAGAGUCUGUAAAUCUUCUGGCAAAUGCUAAUGGAAACGUUUUGAGCUCUGAAAUCGUGGGUGCCAUAAAAAUGAGAGUCUAUUUGUCAGGAAUGCCAGAAUUGAGGCUCGGGCUUAACGAUAAAGUUUUGUUCGAGUCCACGGGACGCGGUAAGUCCAAAUCGGUAGAAUUGGAGGAUGUUAAAUUUCAUCAGUGCGUCAGAUUGUCUCGAUUCGAGAAUGAUAGAACAAUUUCUUUCAUUCCUCCCGAUGGCGAGUUCGAGCUAAUGUCUUACAGAUUGAACACGCACGUGAAACCAUUGAUAUGGAUAGAAUCUGUAAUCGAACGGCACGCUCACAGUAGAGUAGAGUAUAUGAUUAAAGCACGAUCGCAGUUUAAGAGGCGUUCUACGGCCAACAACGUAGAAAUAGUAAUUCCAGUGCCAAACGAUGCAGAUUCACCUAAAUUCAAAACUACCAUUGGUAGCGUCAAAUAUUCUCCGGAACAGAGCGCUAUAACUUGGUUUAUCAAGUCAUUUCCCGGUGGAAAAGAAUAUUUGAUGAGGGCGCAUUUUGGUUUACCAUCCGUUAUCAGCGAAGAUUUGGAGGGUAAACCGCCGAUUCAAGUCAAAUUUGAAAUCCCGUACUUUACUACGUCGGGCAUACAAGUCCGUUAUUUAAAAAUCAUUGAAAAGAGCGGCUAUCAGGCUUUGCCGUGGGUACGGUAUAUCACACAGAACGGAGACUAUCAGUUAAGGACAAACUAAACGUGAGUAAAUUUUUGGUAAUGAAAGAUUCGUCUUAAAUGAUUCACGUUUUCGUAAAUAAUAUAAAAGUGGAAGCUAGUCGGUAUGCUAUGCUUAGUAUGCUUCCAAAUUUUUAAAUCUACCUUUAUAGCUUUUGUAACAACUGAUUGUGAUCGAUAUGAAGAUCGAGAUGUAUAGAGUAUAAUAAAUAGUAAUUAGUAUUCCCAAUAUUGAGUAAUCGUUUCUCGAUAUUGGUGCUUGUUUUACCGAAUAAUUUCAAUACUUCAUAGUUACGAUGCUCUACAAUAUUUCAUAUGUAUAAAUCGAAAUAAUAUUUUUAGAGAAUUUUGUUAUUUUAAAUCGUGUGAAAAUACAGAGUACUUAAUUCAUUUAAAUAUGUUUCAUUGAUGCCACUUUCCUCUUUAUUAUAGUAUUAGUAUUUUCUAUAUACAGGGGUUAUUAUAUCGUUCGCUA